AUGCCUGGCUUUGGGUGCUUUCUUCAUCAGGCUUGUCAGCACUUGCACUUUUCUUUAUUACUGCGUAAACAGUCUAAAUUCCAGAUGGAUGGCUUCCGCAGCACAACGAUCGCGAAUGCAUAUGUUUAUGGUGAAGUCCUCACUCACUUGGCUCAUCCUUCCUGUAUGAAAGCAUUCCUUUCUGGAACCGAUGGAGCUGUAACUUUAACGCAAAGGGAAGUGGACGCUCUUUUGCGAUUGAGAUGGGCUUUCUUCCCGUCCUAUUCUGACUGCGCUUCUUUGGAACAAAUGGAGUCAAGGGCUGCUGAAGCAUCCCAUAUUGUUGCUGCUAUUUUGUCAGGAAGUAAUGCAGUUGUAGAUAAACUGUCGGAUUUACGAGGACACGAAGCCCUUGCACUCCUCGAGAAAGUCAAACAGUCGCACUUUUUCUCCGCAGGAUCUUGGCCAUUGGGAGGUGACGAUAGCAGUAUUGGUGUUGGUGCUGCGCUACCUCCAAUCCCUGAAUCACCAAGUGAAGGCGAGGCUCCAGAAUCUUCAUUCAAUAGCACUGCUGAAGGAAAUAAUGGCUCUUCUCCUAUGAAUGAGAAUCCGAGUACCAAAACUAGUGCGCCGGAGUCUAUAACUCUUGAAGCUCUCAAAGAUGUGCUGAAUUCCGCUGUUUCGGAAGAGACUGUCGGCGAAGAAUUUUCAAAUUCAUCUCCGGUUUCUGCGCCCACAACGGAAAGUAGGGACGAUCAUAACGACUCUGGAAAUAUGUCUGACUCAGGAAAUGGUACCGUGUCUCCGGAUUGUGAGGUGAUUCCUGAUGCGAAAACAGAGUUUAAGAAGAAAUCGAAUACUAUGGUCAGAGAGAAGCGAAAGUUUCGUGGAUAUGCUCGCUAUAGUGAAGCUGGCGCCACUCAAGAGAAGGAGCGCACUGACCAAAGAAGCUAUUCUACGAAUAGGAUUCAAAACGGUGGCAGUGUCGCCUCCUUCCAAAAUAAACAAGGAAACUUCCAAAAGAAACGAACGAAUCGUUUUGGUCUCAAUUAUAAUACAGGAAUACAAGAAGGGUCGCCGCACUCAGAGUACUGGCGCUCGAACGGUCGAUCGAACUAUUCACGUCCGGAUCGCUUCACUAAUCAGAGCCCCACUCCUUUCACUUAUGAGCCUGGAAUCAGUCGUCGCCCUGGCCCCACUACGCUAGGCUUUAUAUUUGCAGGCAAAUAA